UGCUGUCUCCGCGAUGGACGCGCCGCCUGGCGCCUGGCCCCGCGGGCCUCGCGACCGCCUUGGCGCGCCGUCCUCGGGGUCGCGGGCUCCAGCGACGCCCUGGGCGCGCUUCUCGGCCUGGCUGGAGUGCGUGUGCGUGGUCACCUUCGACCUGGAGCUGGGACAGGCGCUGGAGCUGGUGUACCCCAGUGACUCCCGGCUCACGGACAAGGAGAAAAGCAGCAUCUGCUACCUGUCCUUUCCCGACUCCCACUCAGGCUGCCUCGGGGACACGCAGUUCAGCUUCCGAAUUCGUCAAUGUGGAGGGCGGAGGAGCCCCCGGCCCCCCGACGACAGGCACUAUGACAGCGAGGCCCCCGUGUCACUGCAGAGGGAGUCCGCGCACUACUUUGGCUACGUGUACUUCAGGCAGGUGAAGGACAGCUCCGUGAAGAGGGGCUACUUCCAGAAGUCUCUGGUGCUGGUGUCCCGCCUGCCCUUCAUCCGGCUGUUCCAGGCGCUGCUGAGCCUGAUCGCCCCCGAGUACUUUGACAAGCUGGCGCCCUGCCUGGAAGCAGUGUGCGGUGAGAUUGACCAGUGGCCGGCCCCGGUGCCUGGGCAGACCCUGAACCUGCCAGUCGUGGGCGUCGUCCUGCAGGUACACAUCCCAUCGAGGGUGGACAAGCCUGAAUCCAGUCCUCUGCAGCAGUGUGGCCAAGAGAACCUGCUGCCGGCCCCGCUGGUGCUCACCAGUGUCCACGAGCUGGACCUGUGCAGGUGCUUGCAGCCUGUGCUGACCCACGUGCAGACGCUGUGGGAGCUCAUGCUCCUCGGGGAGCCCCUGGUGGUGCUGGCGCCCUCGCCCGCCGUGUCCUCUGAGAUGGUGCUGGCCUUGACCAGCUGCCUGCAGCCCCUCAAGUUCUGCUGCGACUAUCGCCCCUACUUCACCAUCCACGACAGCGAGUUCAAGGAGUUCACUACCCGCACGCAGGCCCCACCUAACGUGGUCCUGGGGGUCACAAACCCUUUCUUCAUCAAAACACUCCAGCACUGGCCCCACAUCCUCCGCGUCGGGGAGCCCAGGAUGUCAGGGGGCCUUCCUAAGCAGGUCAAGCUGAAAAAGCCCUCGAGGCUGAAAACGCUCGACACCAAACCAGGCCUCUACACCACCUACACGGCGCACCUGCGCCGGGACAAGGCCCUGCUCCGACGGCUGCUCCGGGGCCUGCAGAAGAAGCGGCCCGCAGGGGUGCUGACCGCGCUGCUGAGGCGGCACCUCCUGGAGCUCACGCAGAGCUUCAUCAUCCCCCUGGAGCACUACAUGGCCAGCCUCAUGCCCCUGCGGAAGAGCAUCACGCCCUGGAAGACCCCUCCCCAGGUCCGCCCCUUCCACCAGGAGGACUUCCUGUGCAGCCUGGAACAGGCGGGGCCCCAGCUCACCUGCAUCCUCAAGGGCGACUGGUUGGGUCUCUACAGGCGGUUCUUCAAGUCCCCCCACUUUGACGGCUGGUACCGGCAGCGUCGCAAGGAGAUGGCCCGUCAAUUGGAGGCCCUGCACCUGGAGGCCAUUUGUGAGGCGAACAUCGAGACCUGGAUGAAGGGCAAGUCCGAGGUGGAGGUCGUGGACCUGGUCCUGAAACUUCAGGAGAAGCUGGUGCGGGCACAGGGCCACCGGCUCCCGGUGACGGAGGAGACGCUGCAGCAGGCCCGGCUGUACCUCGAGACGGCCAUCGGCUCCCUGCCCCAGGGCCUGCAGGCCGCCCUGUGCCCUCCCUAGGACCGGCCAGAGGUGUGGUCAGGGGCUUCGUGCCCGCGGGGCCCGGGUCUGGCUGAGCUUCCUUCUCUCCAGCGAGGGCUGCCCACCCAAGCAUGAGCGCCGACCAGGCUCCCUGCGGCUCCCCGGUCCUGGCCCCUGCCCAGCACCUCCAUCCCAGCAGUAAAGUGGGCAUUUGGAGCCUCAGCCUAGGCCCUGCCUGUUGACGGAUCAUGUGUUGGCUAGAGCCUCCCCUCCCCCUGGGCCCCACCUGCCCUCUGCAGGGCUGCCGGCGGGGGGGCGGGGCUGGCGGUGAGCCCUUGCUGCUUUGGGCCUGGGGCCAUGCCCCCGCCAGGCACCCAUCUGCCGAGUCCUGGAAGGCCCCAUGCAAGGCCCAUGCGUUGCAUUUGAUGUGUCCUUCAGCCCCACCAGGCUGCCCAGCCCAGGACAGGAAAAGGCAGCUGACAGGCAGGCCCCUCUCCUCACAGGGCCCACCCACCCACUUGCCUGGGACUGGGGGGGCCUCACCAACUGUCCUUGGCUUGGGAGGGAUGAGGAGCUUGGCCUCGUGAUUGCUGGUUUCUUGAGAGGCCACUAGGGGGCAGUGUGGGACCCAGCCAUGGGCUCCCCACCCUCCAGGAAUUGUCCCAGGUCUUGUCCCUGGA